AGCCAAACUGUCCCUUGCAAUUGCCAAAGGUUCAGUCACUUUCACCUUUAAAACCUCCUUUCUUCUUCUCUCUCUUACACUCUUACCUUCGAUCAUCUCAUUUUCUCUCUCCUAACAUUCUUCUGCUCAAUCAUGGCUCAUUCCGCCAUUGCCAAGGUUUCUGUUGCUGUCCCAGUGACAAAUGAAUCAUCUGUGAAAGGAUCUACUUUUAAGACAUACAGUGUAAGCUUUGGCAGUAAAUCAUGGGCUCCUGGCUAUGCAUUGGACCUGAAGUCAAACAACUUAAGACUGAGAAAACAGUCAGUGGUAUGCAUGUCUGUACAACAAACUGCCACACCUAAAGUUGCGGUUUCACCUCUAGCACUUGAAGAUGUUAAAGAACCUCCUAUGCAUGUGUACAAGGCCAAGGAGCCCUAUACAGGAACCAUUGUUUCUGUUGAGAGGGUUGUUGGUCCUAAGGCUCCUGGGGAAACAUGCCACAUUGUGAUCGAUCAUGGUGGCAAUGUUCCCUACUGGGAAGGGCAGAGCUAUGGUGUUAUUCCCCCGGGUGAGAACCCCAAGAAACCUGGAAAACCUCAUAAUGUGCGACUCUAUUCCAUUGCUUCUACGAGGUAUGGAGACCAUUUUGAUGGAAAGACUGCAACUUUAUGUGUUCGUCGAGCAGUCUAUUAUGAUCCCGAGACAGGUAAAGAGGACCCUUCUAAGAUGGGCGUAUGCAGCAAUUUCCUUUGUGAUUCCAAGCCCGGAGACAAGGUCCAGAUAGCUGGUCCUUCGGGCAAGGUUAUGCUUUUACCUGAGGAUCCAAAUGCCACCCACAUAAUGAUUGCUACAGGAACUGGUGUGGCUCCUUACAGAGGCUACCUUCGUCGCAUGUUCAUGGAGGAUGUCCCCACAUACAAGUUCAAAGGCCUAGCUUGGCUUUUCCUUGGGGUGGCCAACACCGACAGUCUUCUAUAUGACGAUGAAUUUACCAAAUAUCUAAAAGAUCACCCAGAUAAUUUCCGGUAUGACACAGCUCUUAGCCGAGAACAUAAAAACAAGAAGGGUGGAAAGAUGUAUGUUCAGGAUAAGAUUGAAGAAUACAGUGAUGAAAUCUUUAAGUUACUUGACAAUGGUGCUCAUAUAUAUUUCUGUGGGCUGAAAGGGAUGAUGCCCGGAAUCCAAGAUACCAUAAAGAGAGUUGCAGAAGAGAGGGGGGAGAGCUGGGACGAAAAGCUUUCUCAGCUGAAGAAGAACCAGCAGUGGCAUGUAGAGGUAUAUUGAUACAUGUAUACCGUGUUAUUCUUUGGAUGCUUCAAUGUAGAAAGAAGAUUUGAUCAUUGGCUUUUAGUCUGGAUGAAUGGCUAGCAUUUUAGAAGCGGGGAUUUUAUCCCUGCUUAAUGAAUUUUUUGAAAUAUGUUGAUUUUGAUGAUCAAUUUUCCCUCUAUUAUUAUUGCUAAUAAUUGAAGUUGAGUUGGCAAAUUUGGCAAUUUAUGAUGAGUUUGAUAGAUAAAGGGUGUUGUCUUUGUUCUUA